AUGACCCCCGAACACCGUGAUGUCCCCGGCCAGACACCGGACAAUGUGAGCACGGUGUCGCGCGCUCGAGACUUCUUCUCCGUUCCGGCACCAAUCAAGCGCAUCUUCGACCGUUUCCCCCUCGUCACCUACCCCUCCAAUGAUCUCCCGCAUUGCGCAUGGUCCGACAAACGUGGCAAUCGACUGUAUGUUUUCACCGAUGCCGCAAGUGCCAGGCAUGGCAGACCGUCGUUCAACCCGCAGUGUCUCAAGUGGCAGGCAUACUUAAGAUUCGUUGGGAUCGACGUCGACGUGAUUCCUUCCAACAACCAUGCAUCUCCCUCUGGCGCCCUUCCUUUCCUAAUCCCCGCCCACCCCAUCAACAACAACGCCCCUAUUCCUUCCAGCAAGCUCCAAAAAUGGGCCAUCGAGCAAGUUCACUGCGAAGAGGAGCAGCAGUUGGAUCUGCGCUUCGAGGUAUAUGCGUCGUUGCUGGAUCACCGGAUACGAAAUGCUUGGCUAUAUACCCUAUACCUGGAUCCCGAGGAAUUUGAGGCCGUUGCUCGACCUUUAUACGUGGACCCGUCUAGUACGAAUUCCGCCGUGCGGACCGCUCUCGCGCUGCAGCUCCAGCAAGCUGCCCGGACAGAGAUCCUAAAAACAUCAUCUUAUAUAGAUGUGGGCGCCUUGGAGGCCGAGGCUAAUGACGCAUUCGAGGCACUGUCUACGUUACUGGGCGAUAACCUGCACUUCUUUGACCGACCGAAUCCGGGUCUGUUCGAUGCUAGUGUUUUCGCAUACACACACCUGAUCUUGGAGGAGAAGCUAGGGUGGCAACGGAACCGGCUGGGACAAUUGCUGCGCCAACACGAGAACCUUGUACAACAUCGUGACAGACUCCUCAAAUUCUUCUAG